UUAUGGCAGACGUUAAACCAAAUCAUACUCUUUACAUCAACAAUUUGAACGAGAAAAUUAAAAAAGAAGAGCUUAAAAAGGCGUUGUAUGCCAUCUUUUCACAAUUUGGGCAAAUUAUUGACAUUUUGGCUUUUGCCCAUUUAAAAAUGAGAGGACAGGCACACGUUAUUUUUAAGGAAAUUAAUUCUGCCGCAACAGCUCUUCGUUCAAUGCAAGGAUUUCCUUUUUACGACAAGCCUAUGCGAAUUCAAUUUUCGCAUAUUGAUUCUGAUGUUAUUGCUAAAGCUAAAGGGACUUAUGUUGAAAGACCAAAAAAGAACAUUGCUGUCCCGAAAAAGAAAAAGAAAGCUGUAGAAGUUGCCACAACUAAAAAGGGUAAAGCUCCAAAGGAUGGACAGCGUUCUUCUGCUCCACCAAACAAAAUUCUUUUUAUUACAAAUUUACCUCCAGAAUGCACUAAAGAAAUGUUAACUGUCGUUUUUCAACCUUUUCCCGGACUUCGCGACAUUCGUCAAAUUACUGACCGUACCGACAUUGCCUUUGUUGAAUUUAGCAAUGAGAAUGAAGCUACAAAUGUUAAGAAGGCUUUAAACAAUUUUAAGAUUACUCCAACACAUGCUAUGCGUGUUGAAUAUGCCAAGAAGUGA